AUGCGCUGCACACUUUCAGGAGUCGCGGCCCUUCUCGGGUUCGCUGGAUCCGUCUCAGCCCAGCUCCGUGCUGUGGCUUACACUGACCCCCAGACCGGCAUCGAUUUCCAGCGAUACAAGCCCGACAGCUACCCUUACAGCUUCGGUAUCGCCGUUCCCGAGACGACCGGUACCGACUUCAUCGGUCAGAUGGUUGUGCCCAUUUCGGAGAAGGGCAACUGGGGUGCAGUCUCACUCAAGGGAGGCAUGUUGAACAGUCUCCUGUUUGUUGCUUGGGCCGACGGCGAGGAUAUCAAGACUUCCUUCAGAAUGGGUAGUGCCUAUUCCAACCCCGACGUCUACACAGCUACCAAGGUCACCGCGACUCCCAUAGCCAACGGUACUUUCGUCAACAGCACUCACUUCUCGUACACUUUCCUUUGUGAGGGCUGCGUCAUCGCGGACAAGACAACUUUGACCGGCGAGUCUCCCAUUCUCGGCUGGGCUUUCUCCGACACCAGCCCUACCACUCCCUCCGACCCUUCCAGCGCCCUCAACUACCACUCUGCUGGAUUCGGUCAGUUCGGUCUUGACAUUGCUGCCGCCAAGUCUGCCAAGUUUGAGGAAUGGUCCAAGUACGCCAAGGCCGUCGACGCUGCUCCCGUCCCUGGCAAUGGCACCACUACUCCUGUCCCUGGUAACGGCACCGUCACCCCUCCCACCACCUCCAACACCACCUACGAUGUGAUCGUUGUCGGUGGCGGUCCCGCUGGUAUCAUUGCCGCUGAGCGUAUUGCCGAGACUGGUGCCAGCGUUCUGCUUAUUGAGCGUGGCCCCGCCAACACUGUCGCCUUGGGUUCUAACCUCGCUCUCCCCUGGAACGACACCUUGACUCCUUAUGAUAUUCCUGCUCUUGGAAGCUCCAUGACUUCUCUGUCUGGUAUCAAGCUCUGUAGUGACACUGCUUCUACUGCCGGCUGCCUGCUGGGCGGCUCCAGCUCUAUCAACGGUCUCAACUUCAUUCACCCUCCCGAGCACGACUGGCAGCGCUGGCCCAAGGGCUGGAACUGGGCCGAUGUCUCCAAGGCUGCUGACCGCCUUUACGAGCGUAACCCUGGCACCACCGAACCCUCCAACGACGGCAAGUACUAUGAUGACCACGCCUACAAGGUCCUCUCCGGCCUUCUGAGCUCCAAGGGAUGGACUGAGGUUGACUCCAUUGAGUCUCCCAACGAGAAGAAGGCUGUCUACUCCCGCCCCUCUUGGUCUAUCAAGAACAACCUCCGCGCUGGCCCUGCCCGCACCUACAUGCCCUUUGCCCAGCAGCUUCCCAACUUCACCCUCAAGCUUGAGACCAAGGUGAUUCAGGUUAUCCGUACCGGCAGCACCAUCACCGGUGUUCUCACCCAGGCUGCCGACGGCAGCACCCAGAUCAUUAAGGUCAACAAGGGCGGUAAGGUCGUUCUCGCCGCCGGUGCCAUGUCUUCUCCCCGUAUCCUCUGGAACUCUGGUAUUGGCCGUUCUGAUGCCCUUGCCAUCGUCCAGGAGGGUGCCUCCAAGACUGGUGUCACUCUCCCCGACCAGGCUGACUGGAUUGACCUCCCCGUCGGUCACCACCUCCAGGACCACGCCCAGGUUAUGCUCCAGUUCAACGCCAACACCAACUUCACCGCCUACGGUUUCAACGCCAUCGCCAGCAACCCUGUGCCCUCCGAUCUGACCCUUUACAAGGAAGGCUCUGGCCCCAUCACCCAGGCUGCCCAGCGCAUGCACCUCUGGACCUCUGCUGAGGGCGCUGACGGCCGAACUCGCUACCUCCAGGGUACCGCUAGCGCCAUGGCGAGCGGUGUCAUCACCGUCCGUACCUUCCUUACCCACGGUACCUCGACCGUUGGUGAGCUCGGUAUCACCGCCUCGGGAAACACUGUCCUCAACACCAAGCCCUGGCUCAUCGACGCCGAGGACCGCAAGGCGAUGUCUGACUUCGUCCAGUGGUGGCUCGACCUCACCAGCGGUAGCAACUCGACUCUCAAGUACGUUACUCCUGGCGCCACCCCCGACGAUAUCAUUGGCACCAAGAUGAUCUCUGGUGACCACUGGGUUGGCAGCGCCAAGAUGGGUGUCGAUGACGGCCGCCAGGGCAACGGUACCGCUGUGGUUGACCUUGACACCAAGGUCUACGGCACUGACAACCUCUUCGUUGUUGAUGCCUCCAUCCACCCCGACCUUCCCACCGGUAACACCCAGUCCAUCAUUAUGAUCACGGCCGAGCACGCUGCCGAGAAGAUCGCUGCCUUCAAGGUCAGCGGAUCCGGUAACUCUACCGCUCCGGCCCCUGAGAAGUGCGCUCGCUCUACGAAGCGUUCUGCUCGCCAGCCCAUUCGCUUCAGGCGCCGCGCCCACCUGCACUAG